UACUACAUUUGUAAGCUUAUUUUCGUGCGCCUAAUACUCAGAGUGAGUGCGUGCGCGAAGUCGUUGGAGUUAAUUGUUUUAAAUGCGUUUGGAAUUUGACCUUUUCACUUCCGCCUGUUGCGCAUCUACACGGCAAAGAUAAAUGCAUAAAGCCCAAUAAAAAGCAAUAAUAUUAACUAAAAGCUAAGACAGAGUUUCAACAAAAGAUGUGGUGAUGGCGAAAAUGGCAUCUGGUGACCUAUCGUUGACCAGCACAAGCAGUCAAGAGGAGGAGAGUUCGGAGUAUGUGGGCUACGACAGCACGCUGCGGCCGCCUUCGAACUCCAGCGGCAGCACCACAGCUGCCAACAUGGCCAACAACAAUGGGCCCGGCGGCAAGGGCGUCAAUCAGGGCGUGGUCGUGGGCAGCGGCGUGGGCGUAGGCAGCGGCGUGGGCGGCAAUAGCAACAGCAAGAAGUACGAUCUGCUGCAAUCGCAAUAUGAGUCGGCAAUGCUGGAGCUGAGCCAGCUGCGGCAUCAGCACUCCAACUCGGAGCGACGCUGCGAUGAGCUGGCCACGCAGCUGAGUCUCUACCAGGAGCACUUCAUGGCCGAUCGCAACAAGUUCACGGACAUUGUGGCCGAGAGUGUGCGGCUGAAGCACAAGCUGAUGCUGCUGGAGAAUCAGAACCAGGCGCAGAACAAUGGCAAUGGCAAUGCGCCGGCGCCACAAGCUGCCGCAGGCAGUGGCAGUGGCUACUACGGCUACGGCAAGUUGCCCGCUGCAUGCGACGGCAACUGCAGCGAGAAGCUGGCGGAGCUGAAGAAGGAGCGCAAUCUGCUUGCAGUGGAGCGUGAGAAGUACAAGAAGAGCUACAUUGAGUUGGAGAAGGAGCGCAGCUUUGAGAGCGAGAAGCUAGCCGAGCUGGAGAAGGACCGCAAUCUGCUUGCAGUGGAGCGGGAAAAGUAUCAGAAGGGCUACCUGGAGCUGGAGAAGGAGCGCAAUUUCUAUCGAGAGCGCGGCGAGGAGAAUCAAACGUUGAAAAUGCUGCUGUCCAAGGAGACGAAGCAUGUGCUCUCGCUCACCGAGGAGCUCAAUCAGCUGCUGUCCGAGAAGGACAAUGUGCUGCAGGAGCAUCAGAAGAUGUCCGACGAUCUGGCGCUGGCCAACAAGGAAAUCGAGCGCCUCAAGAAGGAUGAGCUGAUGUUCAAGGCGGAGCUCAAGUCGCUGCAGCUGGCGAAUGCGGAGCUGAAGAAGCGCGACCUACUGAAGUCACGUGAGAGCAGCUGGAGCAAGGAAUUCCAAAGCGCCGACAGCAAGGAGGAGCUGGAGAAGCUGCGCAAGAGCCUGGAAAAGGCGCUCACAGAGGUGGAGCGUUCGCUGCAGGAUGCGGAGGAGGCCAAGCGUGUGCGGGACUGGGCAAUCUCGCAGCGUGAGAAGAUUGUGCAGGAGCGCGACUCGGUCAAGACGCUGUGCGACAAUCUGCGCAAGGAGCGCGACAAGGCCAUAUCCGAUCUGCUGAUGGCCAUACGCGACAGCGAGAAGAUCAAGAAGCAAAAAGACGAGGCGCAGAAGAAGAUCGAUGCGUUGAAGGAGCAGCUGGAGCAAAGUCUGAAUGCAGCUCAGUCCACUGUGGCCACGCCCACGGACAGCAGCUCGCGGCGCAGCUUCCGCCUGAGCAGCUUUGAGAGCGGCGAGGAUCUGCUGGAGAUCGAGCUGUGCAACUAUCCGGACGCCGAGCUAGGCAUCAUACUGGACGACAGCAACAAGCGGCAACUGGUGUGCGGCGUGACCAACAGCUCGCCCGCCUUUGGCAAGCUCAAGAUCAACGAUGUCAUCUGCAAGGUGAACAAUCUGGAGUGUGGCGCGCUCUCGAAGCGCAUGGUGCUGGACGAAAUCCGCACCUGUGCGCCACGCUGCUCGCUGCUGGUGUCUAGGACGCGCCACAGCAAGCGGCACAGCUAUGCGGUGCAGCUGAAGACGAGCAGUCGCGAUAAUCUUGGCCUGCUGCUGGACAUGGGCGUGUUCAUAGCCAAGAUCGAGCCCAACUCGCUGGCCUUCUACGAGCCGGAGCUGGAGGUGGGCGACCGCGUGCUGAGCAUCAACAACAAGAGCAUGGACUCGCUGCAGUCCAUUGACGAGGUGCUGCAGCUGCUCCAGAGCGACACGCUGCACAUCUUUGCGCUCAAAUACGUGCCCGAGCAGUCGUCGCUGGACGUCUGCCUGCCGCACUGCCGCAUGACCAGCUCGGCGGCGCAGACCGAUAGCUCCAUUGAGCUGAACAGCAGCGGCGCCGGCGGCGGCGGCGGUGGCAACAGCAGCGCCACUGGCAACAGCGCGGCCAAGCAGCCAUCCAAGUUUGCCGACUUUCUGCGCAAGCUCAAGUUCAGCAAGCCCGAGGAGCAGGAGCAUGAUGUGGCCAUUGCCGCCCUGGACUCGGUGCUGAGCGAGAACAGCUCGGAGAAGAGCAAGGAGAAUUUGUUUCGGCGCCACAAGCGCAGCGGUGGUAACAAGAAGAGCGACAAGGAGGCGGCCAAGAGCACGGGCACCUGGCCACGCACCAACAUCUCGCACGAUAAUCCCACGGGCACCAUAGUGCAGCGUGGAGGCGCCGGCGGCGAAAAGAAACGCCCGCUCAUGUCGCUCUUCACCGCCGGGCCCAUCAAUGUGGACAAGGACGAUGAAGUGGAGGCGACGCCAGCGCCUGCGCCGCUGCAGGAGCUGCAGUCGCCGCCACCGCUGCCGCCGCAGCUGAGCAAGCCGAGGAACAUCAAUGGCAGCGCCAUCAAGACGCAUCCCAAUCGCAACAGCAAUCCGGUGAGCAAUGCCUAUGCCAAUCGCCUGUUCCAGCCGGACAAGCUCAACUACCCGCGGCAUUCGCUGUACGGCGCACCGCCCACGCCCGAGGAGAAGCCUCAACCGCCGCUGCAGCGUCCAGCGCCUUUGAUGGGCGCCAAUGCGCGCGUCAAACUGCCCAACCAGGAGCGCUACUCCCGCGCGCCGCACAACAAUCGCUUCUCGCUCAACAUCCCGCCCAGCGGCGGCGACUUCUAUCAGCCCAAGACCAGCGGCCAGCAGGCGCAGCAGCAGAGCGUGCCCGCUGUGGCAGCUGCGGAGUUUCCCAUGCGCAAGCAGCAAAUGUUCCACGACAUGUUCCAGCAGCCGCCGCCGCCGCCCAAGCUGAACACCAUGUUCCAGCCGCUGCAGGCGCCGCCACGCGCCACCGCCGACGCCAUCAGCAUAAAGUCACAAAACUCCAUCGAGUCCAUGCUCUCGGCCAAGAGUCCGCCCAUCAGCGAGUACGGCGUCUAUGCCAAGCGCCAAGUGCCGCCCAUGCCGCCCAAGCAUGUGCCCAAGUAUCCCAGCGACAGCGAAAGCAUCGGCUCCGGCAUCCUCCAUGCGCCCAACUCCCAGCACAACUAUCUGGCCCAGCAGACGCCCGCCUCGCUGCAGCUGCUCAGCGCCGGCAGUCGCCACACGCAGUUGUUUCCCAGCAGCUAUGGCCGCUAUAUGCGACGCUCCAGUCCCCUAACGCUGCCCUCGCCUCCACCCAAUGCGGCGGGCAUGGCAGCCCAAGCGCCGCCGCCACUGCCAUCACCACGCCAGCGCUACGAAGCCAUCAGCAACAGCAGCGCACUGGGCAUACCCACGGAGCUGGACUAUGCAGGCCAUGCGCAUGCUCCCUACCUGGACUACAACCAACAGCAGCAGCAACAGCAGCAGCAGCAACAGAUGCAGCAACAUUAUCCCUACAAUGGCGGAGUGAUCUACGAGGGCGGCACGUUUCCACGCAAGAAAGACAACCAGCGGCUGCGCAUACCGUCCAAUCCCAGCGUGGCCAGCAAUCGCGGCCUGGUCAAGAACAGCUCCGGCUCCAUAGAUCAUCACUACGGCAGCGGCGGCGGCGGCGGCGUCGGCAAUCAUCAUCCGCAUGCCUCACUCCUGGCCAGCUACAAUGCGCAGCUGCCCAAUGGCUCAAGUCUAAUCGGUGGAAGUGGUGGUGGAGGCGGUGGUGGCAGUGGGCGUGGCUCGCCCAUGCCGCAGGUGCAUGUCGAGGUGCUGAGCCAUGGCGGCCCCAAGCGCGGCGGCUCGCACGGCGCUGCGGAUUUUCUGUGCCCUGGAGACCUUAGAAGAGUCACGAUCGACAAGCGCGACAAGUCGCUUGGCAUUACCAUACAGUGCAACAACAAUGGCGGCGGUAUCUUUGUGUCCACAGUUGCCGACAAGAGCACCGCCAUGCGUGCCGGUCUCCAGGUGGGCGAUCAACUCUUGGAAGUCUGUGGCAUCAACAUGCGUGCGGCCACCAACGAAAUCGCAGCGAAUGUGCUGCGCCAAUGCGGCGACUCCUUCACCAUGCUGGUGCAGUAUAAUCCCGAGAAAUUCCACUUCACGGAGUACGAGGGUCUGCAUCAGCUGGAACCAGAAUCUCCACUGAAUCAUUCGGGUUCGCCCACGCCGCGCAACUCGCCACGUCCGCCCGCACGCAAUGUGCUUGCCACGCUGCCCAUGCAGCCGCUAUCGCUGCCACUGUCGCUACCCCCAUCCGUUGUAGCCGCUGUGCCGCGCGUGCAGCUCUCACAUCAGUCCAUAAAGGAUCAGAGCUUCACCGACAGCCUAGAGAAUCAAUCGGACAUUAGCAGCAGCCAGGACAUGCCUUCGUCAGCGGCCACCACAACCACCACCACUGCUUCGGCCACCUCCACUGUGUACGAUGAGGAGCAGACCAAGCCCAAUGCACCAGCCACAGUGCCCAAUGACACCGUGCGCUUUGUCACGCUGCACAUGGACAAGUCCAAGAAUCUGGGCAUCAAGCUCUAUGGCGGCAACAAGGUGGGCAUCUAUGUAGCCGAGGUCACACAAGGUUCGCCCUCGGAUCAUGCGGGCAUACGCAAAGGCGAUUUGAUACUGGAAUACAAUGGCGUCGAUUUGAGCGGCGUCACUGCUGAGCAGGCGGCCAAUGAAAUACCCAAGCACACAGAUACGGUCACAAUGCUGGUGGAGAACAAGCUGCAAACGCUUAAACAAAUCAAGGAUAAGCCUGGCGAUUCGUUUUACAUACGCGUGGGCUUCGAUCGCAUUGGCGAGCUGAACGAGGAUGAUUUGCGUUUUGUUAAGGAUGAGGUGCUCUAUGUGGACAACACCAUGUUCAAUGGCACCUUUGGCUACUGGCGCGCCUGGAAGUUGGAUGCCAUGGGACAUCGCAAGGAGUGCGGCAUUAUACCAAGUCAGAUGAAAGUGGAGGAGGAGCUGCGCUGGGGCGAGAUAGUCGACUGUGAUACGGGCACGGCGCGACGCGGCAGCACAUCGGCGCGUCGCUCGUUCUUUCGCCGCAAGAAGAAUCAGCGCAGCUCAUCGCGCGACUCCACAGAGAUUGCCAGCUUCAGCAAUACGCAGCUGAGCUUCUUUCCCGAUUCGGGCAUACUGAAUGAUGAUGGCGGUGUGCUCAGCUAUCAGCGCGUGGAGCUGCUGGAGUCGCCUGUACGACGUCCUGUGCUCAUCAUUGGUCCGCUUAGCGAGUGCUUGAUGGAUCGCUUGAAAAUCGAUUUUAGCAAUUUGUUUAAAAUGUGCGAGGUUACCACCAUGGAGUGCUCACAGGAGGCCAUGGAGGAGAGCUUGAAGGAGAACAUAUUCGUUGACUAUCGCCGGCGUGGCAACAAGUUUGAGUGCACCACAGUCGAGGCUAUUAACAAUGCCUGCAAGAAUGAUCCACGUCAUUGCAUAUUGGAUGUGUCUGUCUCGGCAGUGGAGCGACUGCAGCGCUCGCAUAUUUAUCCCAUUGUGCUGCUGCUGCGCUUCAAGUCGGCCAAGCAGAUACGCGACAUACGCGACUUUGGAGUGGACAAAAUAUCAGCCAAGGCAGCCAAGGAAAUGUACGAGCGCGCGCUCAAGCUGGAAACGGACUAUAAACAAUACAUAUCAGCUGUCAUACCUGGCGUCAGCAUUAAGCACAUGUGCACACAGAUUAAGGAUGCUGUGGAUAAGGAGCAGGAUAAGCUGCUUUGGGUGCCCGUUUCCAAUGGAUAACAGCAGCAGCAGCAGCCGACGCUCUGUUUCGAUUUUGUUCAUCAAGAAAUAUUUAGUUUAUAGCUUUUAGUUAACAACUAAGGUUGCUUACACACAAAGUCGUAUUUUGUUUUGCGUAUUUCUUUCAUGUAUUUCUUACUCAACUUAGAGUAUUCAAUUGUGUCGUCUAUGCUUUGAACGCAUUGCAUUUAAGACGCGGUAUUUCUACAACUAUAUAGCAUAUAUACACUUUUUUUUUCAAUGUCUGCUGUCCUUUUUUAUUUAUGAACUUAAGCUGUGUGUGUUUUGUAUUAAAUUAGUGCGCGGAAUUUCAGAAAUUCUACAAUACAAGCAACUUAUAUAUUUUUUUAUAAACUAUUUAUGCACACAACCAAAAAGCGCGUGAAAAUUUAAAAACUUUACUUAUACUUUUGGCUUUAACUUACUUUUGUGGCAAUAUAUAAAUUCAAGUGCCUUGCAACAACAACAACGAGAACAACUUGCAACUUGUUUGCGUUUAAAAAUCUUUAUUCAAAGAACAAAAUGCAUAUAUGUGGUUAAUAAAUUAAAUCAGCUAUCACUAGCCUUAAAUUAUAAACAAAU